ACAUCGCCGAAUUGCGAAGAGAGAGAGAGAGAGUAAAUUAAAGGCAUUGUGUAUCAGCGUGUAUUGGGCUGACAUGGCUAAAAUUAUCAGCGUUUGAUGUCAAACAAGGCUGUUUCAAGUAAGACCAGUGGUGUCGCUAAAAACGAGGAAUUUAUUUGGAAGGAACUGCUACUCUGUCUUUUUCCUUGGGAGAAACGUCAGGGCCUGCCAUACGCACCCAUCUCGAUUCAACGCCCAGUUAUUACUUUGGAGCUUUGGUGAUCACCGGUGCACACUGGCAGACAUGGCGCCCGCCUGCACAAGCCCAUGGACCUACGCGCCGUGCGCUACAGUGUUGCUUUGCACUCUUCUUGCAACUUCGUGGAUUGCAAGCAUUACAGCGGACGAUGUAUUUCUGUUCGGAUAUGACAUGGGCGACAUGGUUUGUGGAACGAUAUAUUGCAACGGAACUGAGUAUGGCAGUAGCUGCUCCCAAAAUGCAUCUGUACCUAAUUUCACUGAUGUUAUUUUACCUAAUUCUCUGUUUACUAAAUGUGAAGACACGAUAACAACAAUGGAGCCAACAAGUUUAGAACCCACGACAACGAUGGAACCUACAACAACGAUAGAACCCACAACAACAUUAGACCCCACAACGACGAUGGAACCCACGACAACGAUGGAACCUACAACAACGAUGGAACCCACAACAACGAUGGAACCCACUACAACGAUGGAACCUACAACAACAUUUGACCCCACAACAACGAUGGAACCCACGACAACGAUGGAACCUACAACAACGAUAGACCCCACAACAACGAUGGAACCCACGACAACGAUGGAACCUACAACAACGAUAGACCCAACAACAACGAUGGAACCCACAACAACUUUAGAACCCACUACAACGAUGGAACCUACAACGACAUUAGAACCCACAACAACGAUGGAACCCACAACAACAUUAGAACCCACAACCACAAUGGAACUCACAACAACAUUAGAACCCACAACAACAUUAGAACCCACAACCACAAUGGAACUCACAACAACAUUAGAACCCACAACAACUUUAGAACCCACUACAACGAUGGAACCCACAACAACAUUAGAACCCACAACAACUUUAGAACCCACUACAACGAUGGAACCCACAACGACAUUAGAACCCACAACAACGAUGGAACCCUCAACAACUUUGGAACCCACUACAACGAUGGAACUCACAACAACAAUGGAACCCACAACUACAUCCAAUCCAACAACACAUUUAACUACAACACUAGAACUGACAACUUUACAUGCAACAACAACGAUAGAUCUUACAACAACUAAUGAUCCAACAACCACCCGAGAGCCCACAACAACACAAAAUCCGACAACAACAAUCGAACCAACCACGACAGAUGAUCCCACAACAACACGAAUGCACACAACACUGGAGCCAACCAAUACAGUAACUGAGCUUAAAACACUUGAUCCUACAACUACCAUCCAGGCUACAACACCAUAUCCUACAACAUUGACCCCUACCACAUUAAAAUCCACAACGCAGGAAGCCACAACGACACAAAUUCCCACGACACAAGAUCCCACAACAACAUUAGAUCCAACAACAACAACACUACAACAAACAACAUUAAAAUCUACAACACAGCAACCAACAACACUUAAACCUACAACAGCAGAUCCCACAACACUUGAACCCACAACACUGGAUCCAACGACUGUUAAACCCACCACUCGCAAUCCAACCACAUAUAAACCAACAACAUGGGAUCCUACAACACCAGUUGGCCCGACAACAUUGAAACCUACAUCACCGGCUACUACGACGCAGAUGCCCACAACAAAAGACCCUACAACCACUCAAAAUCCUGCGACAACGGCAAACCCUGUAACAACGGAUUCACCAAUUAUGCCUCUAACUGAUGCUGAGAUAGGAUCAAUCAGUUUUGCCGCUGUCGCCGUUUUCGCAUGCGUGGUGGUUUACGCAGGUCUUGCUAUGAUGAUGAUGAUGUCUAAAUCCGGACCACCGCCACAAGUCGCCAAUGCAAAUACACAGCCCGCUGCAAGACUGCCUGAUGUGAAUUUCAUGCGUGGACACGGGGAUGGACAGAAUAUGUUGUGGAGGACCAACUUGUCCCCGUCGGCCAGCCCAAAUACUCCCUUCGGUGACUUUAUCCCUUAGAACAUUUGAACAUGUAGGCUUACUUAAGUUUUUGAAAUGCGUUAAUAUUUCUUUUUAUGGGGGGGGGGGGGAGGCGUACACUGUAAAAAUGGUGCUUAGCUUAUAAACACUUAUGUUAGGACCCUCCUUUUUUCACAUUUAGUCUGAGACAUGUUUAUGAUUUUGCACAGUAUGAAAGCCUGAUAGUGCCAUUAAUAAUAACUCAUUAAUAAAGUCAAAUAUAUAUUUUAAUGUUCGUUUUUCGUUGACAGAUGAUGCAAAAAGUGUGAUAAAAGUGUGCAUUGAGCCUCUCAUUUGACUUCAACCCGAUAAGUCAUUUUUAUUUUUAUAACGUAUACUCGAUGGUACUACUGGGCUUUCGUACGUGCCUUAACAUGUCAAAGACGUCCAUAAAACAUGUCGUGGAUUUAAAUGUUGAGAAAAUAGGUACCAAAAAGUGUUUAGAAAUAUGUUUUUAAACUCUUUUUACAGUGUAGGCCUACACUUAGGAAUCAAAACAAUGCAACUGAUUCAGUCUUUUCAUGUAUACGUCUUCACAGUUGGUCGAGCUUAGCCGAUUUAUAUGUAGGAGGUAAUCUUAUGCGAUAGCACUGCCCGGUUCACAAGUGACAGUCAGUAAGUGAGUCAGGCAGUCGGGCACGAAGAGGACACUAUAGGCUGACUCUCUUAGACCAGAGAGUCAGCCUAGAUAUCGUGAUUAAGGAGAUUUCUUGUAGGUUCAUGUAUAUCAUUACUGUUAUUUCAUUUAUAUGCUAUGUAGCAACAUUAGCAAUGCUGCAAACCUUGCUAAAGACCUUUAUCAUGCUGCCACCAUUUCAGUCAUGUUCCCUGUAUCCAAUAACAGUAUUGAAUGAUAUUGUAUUGUGCAAAAGGGAACCAGACUAUUUUUCCUUCCAGCCUCGCUUUGGUUACGUUGAUUUGAAUGGGAACAAAAAUCAAGAUGGCCGCAACAUGAUAAUGGUCUAUUUCUCAGGUUUGCAGCAUGGAUGGGCCUAGUUUUUCUAGCAUCGUGACUUUGGGCUUGAUCCCUGGCUACAUAG